AGCAAAUAAACAACAAUGCAAACGGCUUGGAAAUAGAAUCGAUGCUAUUACUUCGGUCUUACAAUCGAUAAAUUAUCAAAAUUUGCAAAGAGGAGAGCUUCUAAAAUUGUUGAAUAACUAUCGUACUUGCUUAGAAGAAUGUCUGAAUUUCGUUAUUCAGUUCAAAGACAAAACAUCAUGGUUUAUAAAGAUUUUUAACAGUCAAAAUUAUAAAGAAAAAUUCGAAGAAUUGAAUCUUCAUCUUACUCGAUGUGCUACUGAUCUCAAUUUAGGAAUUAAUUUGAAACAAAUUUUUGAUCCAAAACAAGAUGAAAAAGAUCAAAAGAUGGAUCUAGAUGCAAUUCAAUCCGAAGCUGAUGAAAUCGCAUCGAUGAUGGUACAAAAACAAGAUGAAGAUCUUCCUCAAUACAAACGCAUUGAAGAAAAUACAAACCAACGACGUCUGUCAUUUAGGCAUAAUCUUCAGAAGAACAUUAUCAAAAUUAGUGACCCUGUUCAAGGGCAUAAAAUCAAAGAAGAAGAGCAUGCUUUUCUCCAUAUUCCAUAUUACGAUUUGAUACUAGAAAAACGUCUUGGACAGGGUGAAGUUACUGAUGUGUUUCAUGGAAGAUGGAUUUCUCGUGAUCAUGAAGUAGCUAUUAAAGUUAUUCGAAUUCAAUAUUUAAAUGAGAAAGUUAAAAGAGAACUUGUUAAUGAAAUUUCAAUGAUGUAUCAUAUUCGCUAUGAACAUAUUCUCAAUAUAUUUGGUGCCUGUAUGGAACCGAACAAAUAUGCACUUAUUGUUGAAUACAUGUCUCUUGGUUCUCUCUAUGAUGUUCUAAAACAAAAAAAAAUACAGUUAACAUGGCCUGAUCGAUGGUCAAUUGCUAAUCAGAUGAUCAAAGGUAUAAAUUAUUUGCAUAAACUUUCAAGACCAAUUAUUCAUCGUGAUAUAAAAUCACACAAUAUUCUCAUGACAAACAAUAGUAAUGGUUUUCUCGUGAAAGUUGCUGAUUUCGGUCUGGCUAAAAUAAAACAGGAGACAUCGCGUCGAUCGCCUUACGAUUCUUCGGUCGGUACUUUACAAUGGAAAGCUCCCGAAUUACUAAAAAUGGAAGAGCAUACAGAAGCUAGUGAUGUAUAUGCCCUUGGUAUUGUGCUCUGGGAACUAGCCACUGAAUGUGAACCAUACGAGAAGAUUGAUGAUUCAAAAAUCAGAGCAUCGGUUCUACGUGGAUACCGGCUGAAAAUUCCUCCAAAUGUUCCCACUUCUUUCCGAGAACUUAUUUUGAAAGCUUGGGCACAUGAGUCUGCAACGAGACCAACCUGUCAACAGCUUCUCACUCUAAUGAAAGAUACCUCUUCUGAACUCGAUACCGCUAUAAUUGAAAAAGCAAUAGGUACUUCUGUUCCGAAGCUAAUUGAUAUUAUUGUAACUACUGCUGAACGAGCAGCUGAAGGAACUACAAGCCAAGCAGCAUCACUACAUCCAUCCAAGAAAGAGUACAUAUUAUAA